GUAGACAUCAGCAACGUGAAAAAUCACAAAUAGUCGAACCCCUUAACAAUCUUGAUCAAUAACUACAAUUCGCAGAGGCUUUUCUGUUGCACUGGUUGUAAAUCCGACGACUUGUGUAGGCAUUUAUUUCAGCACCACGGAGAGCGGCCGCUCAGGAAGUGGCAGCAAGACAGGGAUUGGACUGUGAACACGGAUGCUAUUAUGGCCGGCUUGUCUAUUGGUCUAGACCGAUGUGACAGCCCAUUGGCAGUCGGUGAUAGGACAACGACGGCGACGUUGAGGAUUUAUUGCUCUACGGCAUUGUAACAUAAGUGAAAUACCAGUUUAGAUAGGCAUUCAAUUAAGUGUUUCGCUCUACCAUCAAGGUUUGUGUUAUAUAUUUGUAUUUUAGCAUAGCAUGUCGAGGGACAGGUCAUUAUAAAGUAGGACACGGUGGAGCAGACUGAAGACAAAAUCUAUCCGAAAAUAACAUCCACAUUCUAACCCAAUGGCUGAGAAUAACUUCCCUCCGCUACCGGAAUUUAUUCCCCUGAGGCCAUGUUUUUACCAGGACUUUGACGAGAUCCCUGAGCAGCAUCGCACCAUGUGUAAGAGGAUGUACCACCUGUGGAUCUUGAACACUGCCACUCUGGCUGUGAAUCUUGUGGGCUGCUUCGUGUGGAUGAUGGGCGGUGGGGGUGUGACUAACUUUGGCAUGUCCAUCAUCUGGCUCCUCCUCUUCACGCCCUGCUCCUACGUGUGCUGGUUCAGGUCUAUCUACAAGGCUUUCAAGUCAGACAGCUCCUUCUCCUUCAUGGCGUUUUUCUUUGUGUUCAUGGCCCAGGUUGGCAUCAGCAUCAUCCAGUGCAUCGGUAUCCCUGGUUGGGGAGUGUGUGGGUGGCUAGCCACCAUCUCUUUCUUCAGCUACAACAUCUUCAUUGCUUUGGUCAUGUUGGUGCCCACGCUCAUGUUCACGGCUGUGGCCACUCUGUCCUUCAUCGCCCUCACCAGGAUCCAUAACUUCUAUCGCGGCAGUGGGGCCAGCAUGAGCAAGGCCCAGGAGGAGUGGACCACAGGGGCCUGGAAGAACCCCCUCGUCCAGGAAGCCGCCCAGCAGGCAGCCAUGGGGGCGGCCCAGGGCGCCAUGCAGGGCCAGGGCCAGGGCCAGGGCCAGGGCCAGGGCCAGGGCCAGCAGUACUCCACCCCUCAGUACGACAACCAAAUGUAGCCUCCGAAAGGGAGGGGGAGGGGCAUGCCGAGGCUUGAUCUGGAUUUGGAUGUCUGCCUCUGGGUAACGUGCUCUGGGCCUAUCAGAAGGUUUCCUUAGGGCAUUACAUUUAUACCACACCACCGUGCAGUUUAGUGAAUGUCUUGCAAACACUAUGGUCAGAUUUUCUGUACAACUUCAGCAGCUUGUUUUGUGGGUUAUCUGGAAAACUAUCCUCAAAACUUCCAAAAGUUGUAUCACUAUUUAGUAUUAAACAGUUUCUGGUGUUAGAUCCUGAACUUUACGUUUGGGUUACUGUUGUGUCUCCAUAGAGAGAACUAUGGUGUGGUUGAGUUUUAUUUGAAGCUUUUCAUCUACUAAAAGGAAAGCAGCGUAAGAACUUUCUUGAAUAGAGAACAGUUAUUAUGAUGACCUUAAUUUGACCUUAAUUUGGCACUUGACUGAGUUUGAGUCUGUAAGAUACAACUGCAUUGUGGGAGCAUUAUUUUAGCAUUCACUUAACGUUUGAAUUCUUUUGGGAUAUCAAACUGUGGUGGGGUUCGAAGUGUCUUGCAAAAAGUCUGUACUGUUAAAAUAUAUCAGUUAAAAAUAUCUACAUUUUAAAUUAUGUAUUCUGACUGUAUUAUGUACAUUGUUUAUAGAUAUACUGUACAUAUGCAAUAUAUUUAAUGUAUGUAUGUAUUGUAUGUAAUGUAUUUCAGUUCCUUCAAAUGUUUGUAUAGAAGGUUGUUUUUUUUAAACCUGUGUGUGUAUGAUGUCUAGUCUGUGGUAGACAGCUUGUCCCCUGCUAUAUGGCUAUUUGACCACAAGGGGGUACUGUCUUUUCGUUGUUCAAUCUAUGGCGAAGGCUUGUAUUCAUGCUACAUCCAUGCACACCUGGCUGUAUUGUUACUCAAACUCUAUUCAUUCUGUAGCAGUCGCUGUCUAAUCUCCUUGGAGGAACCCAUAAUCUGAGUGGGCCCCAGCGAAUCUCACCCUACUCUGAUCUCUCCAACGGGGCAGAUGGUUGGCCAGGUGGUCCUCACAAGUACACCACUGUCUUCUGGGAGAGAAAUGGGGAGGGUUUGUGGCACAAUAUGCGUGCCACUGGCUCUUGCUGUGUACCAAGGAGGUGUAGAAACAACCUAAAUUGGCUGGAGCUUCAGCAAUACCCUGGUGGGAUCACAGUUUCUCUCCUAACUCUUGGAGGGGAAACGGUGUGUUCUCUGUGGGGAAUAGGUUGGAAAGCCAUUGAGUGAAAGCGCAGCUAUCAAAGGGACACUUGUCAGUGUAACUUGUGGAGUAUUACAUUAGCAAAUGAUUCUGCAGGAACGGUCUGUGUUGAGCCGUCUGUGGACAGUCAGUAAGGAGGAUUAACCAGGAAGUCCAGAGUACACGGAGGCCCUUGCUGGCUCCCACUGGAGAACUUUCUCCUUAUCCGUCUAACCUCAUGUCAUACUGGGAUUUACACGUUUUAAAAGGGACGUUAAACUUGUCACUCGUUUUUAGAUGUCAUCAUUUUAGAUUUUUUUUUUAAUGUCGUCUUCUUGUCAGAAUUAUUUAUUUCCCUUAUGGACAAUAAACACAUCCUAUAGCAUC